AGAUGGGGAGAGGUGAGUGAGGGGGUGGAUAAGGGGGGAAACGGGGGUUCGGGGAGAGAGAGGUGAGUAAGAGAUGAGUCAACAGCCCUCCACUAUAAGAUAUCCUGAUGGAGCCUAACAGUGGCAUACACUCAGACACCAGCCAAGGAAUACCAGUGCCACUUUGAAUUCUGUACAUCUCUGGAAAUACAGCAAAUAUGGACUACACUCUGGCCCUCCUGUUUUCUCUGCUGCAAGUUUUUAGUGUGGGCACAGCUGCUCCUCUGCCAGUGGAAGUGGUGACAAUGAAAUCAAAAGUGAAAUGGAUGGCCGAACAGCUGAUCAUCAAGCUGGACAAAGAGCUCCAGGUCCCCUCUGACCUGACGCUCAGCCCACUCACCGACGAUCUGGAUAGCCCCUCCUACAUAGUGAUGGUCUUGGAGGGUUACAACAGCCUGAUCUCCGACACCUUUGGCGGGAUCCCCCAGGUCAAGAGUGAGAUCUCCUCAUUGACGGGUUAUAUCGAUCAGUGGAGGCAGGGGCACUGCAGCGAGCUGCGGCCGAAGCCCUCCAUGCCAGGGCCGCUGCAGGAGCUGCAGAGCCGGAAGGAGUUCAUUCACACAGUGAGCAUCGAAGCGCUCGUGAGAGUGAGAGAGGUCCUCGAUCUCCUGCUGAAAAACCUGGACCAGCUUGAAACUUGCUGAAAAGACGAACAUUAGGACCAGUAUUUUGAAGUUGUUGGCCUGAUUUUUGAACAAGUCUGCAUCAGUGAUGCUCCGACUUCUAGCAUCCUCCACUGGCCAUGUUGAACUUUAACAAUGUGUCUUGAAGGAAAUUUAUUCUUGAAUGUGCACUUAUUUAUACACAUGUAUUUAUUUAUCUACUUUAUUUAGGAAAAUAUGUAUUUUGUAACAAACAUUGUCUUUUUGUCAACAUGUCUGCAGCAAAAGUGUAGUUUUCACAGAAAUAUCUGUAUGCAAACUGAUCUACAGCAUGCUUUUAAUUCAGUCCUAAGGCUGAAUCACCGGUGUGUGGAAGCAUUGAAAAGGACGGUGAUGUAAUGUCACGUAAAUUCCUGAAAAAACAGGAGGAUGCUUGCCAAGAAUAACAUGUGUGUUUGUAUGAGAACUAGAGGGACAGGAAGGGUAAAGGGCAACUUUAAUUUCAGUGCAAUAUCAUCAGCUCUUCCAAAUUAGCUAUUUAUAUCUGUAGAUGUUUUGUAUAUUUUUUUUUACAGUUGAUGGUAUUUUUUAUAACAAUUGUUUUUUUAACUAUGAAUAAAUAUUUAUCAAAUUA